GCGGGGCGGGGCCAGCGCGCGGCGCGGCGCGGCGCGGUGCGGUGCGGUGCGGACAGCGGCGGCAGCAGCAGCAGCAGCAUGGAGCGGGGGCUGCGCGUCUUCGGGGACCCCAAGGUAGAGCUUCAUGUCCACCUGGAUGGAGCCAUUAGACCAGAAACAAUCUUGCACUUCGGCCGGAAAAGAGGGGUUCCUCUCCCUGGCAGCACUGUUGAUGACCUCCUGAACCAUGUCAGCUGCAGAAUACCAAUGACACUUACUCAAUUUUUAGGGAAGUUUAAUCACUACAUGCCUGCCAUUGCGGGUGACCGUGAGGCAGUGAGGAGGAUCGCCUACGAGCUGGUGGAAACGAAAGCAAAAGAAGGAGUCAUCUACGUGGAGGUCCGGUACAGCCCUCACCUCCUGGCCAACUGCUGCGUGGAUCCCAUCCCCUGGGGCCAAAGCGAGGGAGACCUCACUCCAGAUGAAGUCGUUAACCUCGUAAAUCAGGGACUACAGGAUGGAGAAAGGGAUUUCCGCAUCAAAGCCAGGUCUAUUCUAUGCUGCAUGCGCCAUAUGCCAAGCUGGUCCCCAGAGGUGGUAGAGCUCUGCAAGAAGUAUCGAAACAACUCUGUGGUGGCCAUCGACCUGGCUGGAGAUGAGUCCGUGAAGAUGGAGAAUUCCUCUGAGCAUAGGAAGGCUUACGAGGAAGCUGAAAGAUGUGGGAUUCAUCGUACUGUCCAUGCUGGGGAAGCCGGCCCGCCUGCCAUCAUCAAGGAGGCAGUUUAUCUCCUGAAGGCUGAGCGCAUUGGCCAUGGCUACCGUGUCCUGGAGGACCCUGAGCUCUACAAGGAGCUUUUGGGAGCAAAGAUGCAUUUUGAGGUCUGCCCUUUGUCCAGUUAUUUCACUGGAGCAUGUCUUCCAGACUUUGGGAAACACCCAGUAGCACAAUUUAGGAAGGAUCGUGCUAACUAUUCUAUAAACACGGAUGACCCCCUCAUCUUUAACUCCAAUAUUGACAAGGAUUAUAGCAUAGUGAAGGACUACAUGGGCUUCACUGAAGAGGAUUUCAAGAGAGUGAACAUCAACGCAGCUCAGUCCAGCUUCUUACCCGAGAAGGAAAAGCAGGAGCUGCUGAACACGCUGUAUGAAGCCUAUGGGAUGGUCCCCAACGCAUUGUGACCCAUCCCUGUGAGCCAGCAUGGAGCGGCCCUUCUUCAUGUGUGCUUGACUCCUCUGUGCUAGUGGGAGCACCAGGAGAUGUGCCCAGAGUUGGUCUCUAUUACUGGCAGCCCUGUGUUAACCCUCACAAGUGCUCAGCAGAAUCAGCUAUCACAUAUACCUAUCUAUACCCUCCCAAACUCCCCCAAAUGGAUAUCCAGCUUCCUGUCUUGCUGUUCUGCCCGCAGACGGAACCUGCCUCCUAGACUGACUCCCUUCACCAUUUGCCAGUGUUUCUGUACCACAAAUGUGGACAGAAGAACCUCCCCCGCAUUUUUUUUUCCCCUCUUCCCUUGCUUUAUCUGUCCUGCCUCACUGCCUAGCCGUCGCCUGCAGUGCAGAAAUAACCACCUUUAACUGUGACUGUAGCCUGGGUGACUUCACCUUUCUAGGAAAAAGGUGUGUCAGUGCUGAGAGGGAGUGAGCAGGCACUCCAGAAACAGGGUUUAGGAAGUUGGAACAUAUUUUUACCAUUUUGGGCCAAAAUCUGCCUUCUGGGACUUUUCCCAGUUCUGUACUUAUCCUGGAGAAUUCCUGUGAACUGCAGUUUGCUCUUCCUCUAGCUUUGUUUAGGACUUGGAAAAAACAUGAUCAAUCGACUGUUUUAACUACUCUGCCCUCCUCCUGACUUGAUGUAAUCUUUAGGCGCUAUUAAAACUGAAUGAGUAAAUUAAUAAGCUGGGGCCCAAUGUCACAUGUUCACUCUGGUCCCAUCUGAAUUGCUUCUCUCAUUCAACCACGGUGCUGGCUGGAAGUCAGAUCUUCAGUUUGGUGGAGAAUUUAUACAGAAGUAUUCACCAUAAGCCAUUAUGGUGCAUUAUAGUAUUUUUACUUAAUACACAAUAGAGCUGUGCAGCCAGAGAAGAGACCAUCAUUUUCUUACGUGAGUGUGUGCUGUGCUUUAGCAUCCUAGGUGUCUGCCAAGGUGCUUACUCCAAAGAUACUGUACCAAAAAGUUGCCUUUGACAAGGGGCCGUGGUCACACACUCACAGUGUGUGAGACUGGUCCAGUCUCAGCCAGCAGCGACUGCGUGCUGGGAGUAUUUCCAUGCUUUCUGGGCUUCCAUAUUUGUCUUCUGAGUAAAAUACUCAUCUCUGAAGUAUGUGGUGCAUAUAUAUACACACAGAUAUAUAUAUAUAGCUAGAUAGAUGGAUAUGAGAGAGUGAAUUUCUUACUUUUAUAAAACAAAUGAUAAAGCAUCAUCUUUAAGAUCAUGAUUGCAGUAAGAACCAGGCUUUUUUGGGUAACUUUUUCUCCAAAAAUUGUUUCUGAAGAAGAGUUGCUUGUUUGGAUUCUGGGCAGUUGAUUGUUAAUCCUGUUUAAUAAAAUAACAGAUUUAUAUUAAAAGAUAAA